GUUUUUCACAUGACAAACCACAUUAUUCCAGAAAGUUAACAAAAGCAGUAGAGUCGCGAGAAUUUGUGAAUUUUAUAUAAAAAUUUGAAAGUAUUAUUAUAAACAACAUGUCGUCAAUUGCAAGUCCUCUCUCGAUUGCUGGCACUAGGCAUUCUGGAGCUUCGGUUCGCACCCAAAAUGUAAUGGCGGCCAGUUCAAUUGCUAACAUAGUUAAAAGUUCCCUCGGUCCGGUGGGUUUAGAUAAAAUGUUGGUUGAUGAUAUUGGUGAUGUUACCGUAACCAACGAUGGCGCUACUAUUCUAAAAUUAUUAGAAGUUGAGCAUCCUGCAGCUAAAGUCUUAGUGGAGUUGGCUCAAUUACAAGACGAAGAAGUAGGCGAUGGUACAACUUCGGUAGUAAUAUUAGCUGCUGAACUGCUUAAGAAUGCAGACGAAUUAGUUAAACAGAAAAUACAUCCAACUUCGAUUAUAUCCGGUUACCGUUUGGCUUGCAAAGAAGCUUGUAAAUACAUUUCCGAACAUCUAACCGCACCAGUUGACGAGUUAGGUCGCGAUUCCUUAAUUAAUAUCGCCAAAACUUCGAUGAGUUCCAAAAUUAUAGGAGCAGACGCUGACUAUUUUGCGGCUAUGACGGUCGAUGCAGCUCAGGCUGUUAAGAUUACCGACGCCAAGGGUAAUCCUGCUUAUUCAAUUAAAGCGGUCAACGUAUUAAAGGCCCAUGGAAAAUCUGCACGCGAAUCUGUUCUAAUACCAGGCUACGCCCUAAACUGUACUUUAGCUUCUCAGCAAAUGACCAAAAAAAUGGUCAAUGCCAAAAUAGCUUGCUUAGAUUUUUCUCUGCAAAAAACCAAAAUGAAGAUGGGUGUUCAAGUAUUAAUUAACGAUCCCAAUAAAUUGGAAGGAAUACGUGCGCGUGAAUUGGAUAUAACUAAGGAACGCAUUAAUAAGAUUUUGAAUACAGGUGUUAAUGUGGUUUUAUGUAGCGGUGGUAUUGACGAUCUUUGUAUGAAGUAUUUUGUCGAAUCCGGAGCUAUGGCUGUCCGUCGUGUUAAGAAAAGCGACUUGAAAAUUAUAGCCAAGGCUACAGGAGCAGCGUUCGUCACUUCACUUACUAAUAUGGAAGGUGAAGAAAGUUUUGAGCCUUCAAUGGUAGGUGAGGCAGCAGAGGUAUGCCAAGAGUGUGUUUGCGACGAUGAACUCAUUUUGAUUAAGGGCACGAAGGCAAGAGCUGCAGCGUCCAUUAUUUUAAGAGGCCCAAAUGAUUUCUAUUGCGAUGAAAUGGAAAGAUCCAUACAUGAUUCACUGUGUGUAGUUAAGCGGGUCUUGGAAAGUAAGAAAGUGGUAGCAGGAGGUGGUUGCGUCGAAGCUGCCUUAUCAAUUUAUUUGGAAAACUUUGCUACUUCAUUGAGUUCUCGUGAGCAGCUAGCUAUUGCCGAAUUCGCCAAAUCUCUAUUAGUUAUACCGAAAACUUUGGCUGUUAAUGCAGCCAAAGACGCUACGGAUUUAGUAGCCAAACUGAGGGCUUAUCACAAUUCUAGCCAAACAAAAGCAGAACACGCUCAUUUUAAGUGGACAGGAUUGGAUUUAAUUGAGGGCGUUGUACGCGACAACAAAAAGGCCGGGGUCUUGGAGCCAGCCAUGUCAAAGAUUAAGUCAUUGAAAUUUGCUACUGAAGCUGCUAUUACCAUAUUGCGUAUUGAUGAUAUGGUCAAACUGAAUCCAGAAGAAAAGGCAGGAAAAUCGUAUGCAGAUGCUUGCGCCGCUGGGGAACUAUAAAGAAAUAUAUUUACAAGUUUGUUAAAAAAGUAAACAUUUCAUUCGUUCGCUUAUCAAUAAUAAACUAAGUAUGAUUUGGUAUAAGCGAACAGCAUUUUUUAUAAAUUAAAUAAACUUAAAAUAUUUUCUCGGG